AUGCGCCAAGGCUUCCUCCAUAACUUGGUUCAGCCACACACACACCGGUCAAAAUGUGAUGGCUACAUCUUGUCAGGCGCAGACUCUGUGGCGGCUUACCUCACGCAGUUGGAUCUGAUUCCCACGAAGGGGGUCAGACAGACUCACCGGAACCUGGGUUUGGCGGCUGCAGCCGGAUUUGACCUAGAAGGAGCCAGCAUUGGAGAUCUAUCAUUGGGGGUGGUGCUGUGCACUCCCAGUGGUCACGGUGCAGUCUGCCACUGCGCCGCAGUCCCAGGAGGCGGAGGCGGAGCUAAGUCCAUCCAGGCCCCCUGCAAGGAGUUUUCUCUUUUCGUCAGGUUCGAUGGGGUAAAAACUGGGUAG